CCCCGUUCUCCUCUGCUUUUUAAACGGGCUUUUGCAACAAAAAGUGCUUUUCUCUUAAAAGCAAAGAAGAACGGCUAUCAUUUCAAAAAAAAUUUCCACCAUAUGAGAAGUGUUUUUUGACUGAUGGAGAAGUUAAAAAUUUCUCCAUUUCUUCAGCCAAAAGUCCGUUUGGCUGAUAAUUUCCCAUUUUAACCUGCCUUCUCCCCCGAAAAAGUUUCUUUUCUCUGGUUCUUUAGAGGAGCUCUAUACCCAUUUUUUCACAUUUUCACUUUCAAAAUUUUGGCUUACUGCUUUCGAUUAGAAUUUUCAAGGAAAAUUCUGGAUUACUGCUUUGCUUUACCCUACUCGGCAGCUGUGGUUUGGGGAUUGAGAAUCAAGAUAAAAGAAAUGGAGAAGGGAAACAGGCAAGUAGUUGUUUCGACAUUGCAAUUCGCUUGCACCGACGAUGUGCCCACCAAUCUUGCCACUGCCGAAAGUUGUUCAUUGGAAACACUAAGUACAUUGAAGUUUGCACAGCGGGCUAAAUUUAUUAAGAACAAUGCAGUGGUAAAUGAAGAUGCAUCUGGAGAUGUUGUUGCUAUGAGACUGCAAAUUCAACAGCUGAAGGUUUUUAGUUAUCCUUAUUAUCCAAAAUUUUGUUUUUCAGAAAGAAGUAUCUCGUCUACGAGCUUUUGUUAAUGGCAAAAGUGAAAAUCUGGAUAAUGAGAUAGGAACUUGCUACUGCACAGCAUGAAUUGCAGAUCUUGCACGCUCAGAUAGGAGCUGUAACAUCUGAAAGAGAACAACAAAUGAGGAGCCUUACGGAUAAAAUAGCUAAGAUGGAAGCAGAACUGUAAGCAGCUGAGCCUUUUAAGGUAGAGUUGCAGCAGGCACACUCUGAUGCUCAGAAUUUUGUGCUCUCUUUAUGUUAUAAGCUGGACAUUGUUAUAAUAGAAUGUUCUUUCAAUUUUAAAACUGUAUGAGCAAAAUGAAAUGGACUAGGAUACUGCAAACGAGUAAUCACUUUGAUAAUAAGUAUUAUUUAAUGAAAUCUUCUACAUAUUCAUUAA